UGUGGUGGGCUUAUUCUUUUCUGAAGUCUAGUUUUAAGAAUAGUGGAAGUUACACUUGUUUUCUUCCUCCAUUUCCGGCGCCCCCUGGAUGUAGGCGCCCUUAGCAUUAGCCUACACUGCCUAUGCCACGGGCCGGACCUGACUCGAAGCAUCAGAGGCUGAAACAUCCUGAGUUUUACUGCGCUUCAGAAACACUGGAGCCUAGACUUCCCAUAAUGCAUCUCGAGCAUCCUUUACUAGACCGAAGAUAUCUGCUGUCUGUGGUGGCACCUUUUUUUUCCAGGUUGUGACACACACCUUUACGCCUGCUCAGAGGGGAUGGCAGAGAAAACGACAGAAAGGGAGGAGUAGGCAUUCAUGGCAUCUGUGGCCUGACUGGACUCCAGGCAUGUAAACGCACUGGAGCCUUUUAGUACACUUGAUCUAUAAACAGACAGAACAGACAAGUGAAAUACAGAGGACUGGAAACAGCGGCUUUGAAACUGGAGCAGGACGCUGCCCAUCCCCCCCAAGGGCAAAAUACAUGAUGAAUUCCAUUAUCACCAGCACCUAUGAAAUCCCACAACCAGUCUCCCAAGACCUACAACCAGCUUCCCAAAACCCACAACCAGCCUCCCAAGACCCACAACCAGCCUCCCAAGAUCUACAACCAGUCUCCCAAGACCUACAACCAGCUUCCCAAGACACACAACCAGCCUCCCAAGACCCACAACCAGCCUAUAAAGGCCUGAAUGGAUUGAUGCCUGCUGUCACAGAUGGGAGCCAAGCAGAGGUCAAAGCCAAGCCUGUACCUCGUCCCAGGUCUAUAUUAUAUCCAAAAGCUCAGAGCAAUAACAGCACUGAUGACUCUGUAGACAAAACUAGCAAUACAACCAAAGCAGUGAGUUCCAAAAACAGUGGUGACCCUGCAGUCCACAAGAAGCCUCAUCCUGUUCGUCCUCCACCUCCCAGACUACCACCUGCAGCUGUUAGUAUUGAGAAAAUACAGAACCAUCCUCCCCGGCCUGAACGCCCCCCUCCUCCCUCCAUCUAUCACGAUAGACUAGGUCCUGCAACAAGGACACAGUCGAAGACCUGCACUGAGGAGUCUCAGCAGCCCAUCAGCUCUGAGCAAACUCCAGGCUCACCAGCUCUCUCUAAAGAAGUGGAGGACCUCUGUAAGGCCUCUGUGGGAGACAUGGCCACUGGCAGACCUGCAGUUCCACCUCGACCCAAGUCCUCCCUUCGCCGCUCUGCCUCGAUGAAUGAAUUCUCUCCUCCACAGAUCAGACCAACCCCGUUCAGCCGAACACCUCAGCCUUCAAUGGAGUCAGUGUACAAUCAGCCAGAACAUCGUACCAACCUGGGAGUUCGGCCUGUCAAAGAAGAUAAGAUGAUGGCCACAGACAGACCUACAGUUCCAACUAUGUUCAAGCAUUCCUCCCUAACCCGCUCCGCCAUAUUGCAUGCAUCGUGGCCUCCACAGACCAGACCACCACCACCCUUAUUCAAACCACCACCUCCACCUUCAACUGAGUCACUGUACAGUGAGAUAGAGGAUCGCCCCUACCUGGAAGUCCUGCCUGUGGAGGAAGAUAAGAUGAUGAAACAAAAGAGGUCAUCAUGGCCUCAUUCUGGACGCUACCAGAGUGGCUUAUCUGUACAUCAGCGGCCCACAGAGGAUUCAGAUGACAUCAAUGGGAUGUUGAGGUGGCUGAAAAAAGUGUCAAAACCUGAUUACAUGACUCCAUCACUGUACGGCCUCAGUAUAGAGGAGGAAAUCAGAUUGUUUAAUCAGAGAGCCAUGGAUUUGAGCAAGGCCCUGCGCCUCUACAACCUUCUCAUGAUGAAACGCCAUGAAUGCUUCCGGAGCAUCAUCACAGAGUUCGUCUCCAUCUCUGACAGCCUGGACAAGAUGCAGAAGAAGACCAAGACUAUGGACAUCGCUGGAGGCACCACAGGCGCUGUGGGAGGGGUCACGGCAGUGGUGGGUAUCGCCUUGGCUCCUGUGACCCUGGGUGCCUCACUGAUUGCUACAGCUGUGGGUGCUGGGAUGGUGGCGUCUGCUGGGGGUAUGAGCGUCCACACUGCUAAGGCCAACAGGAAGAUUGUGAAUAGGAUGACAGUUGAGAAACUAGUAUAUGACUAUAAGUCAAACGUAGUGGACCUGGAACACUGUCUGGACUUUAUCCUCUCUGGGAUGAAUGAGCUGCGAAGGCAUGACAUUCCCAGGUUACACAGGGCAGGAGCCCAGGCUGACUCACUGAAGAUGGCACAUCUGUCACAGUCUGUGUUUAGGAUUAACAUGAACCAUAGCAACAAGACCUCUGUUGCACACACAGGCAGGAUGUCAUCUGAGAAACUGCUGCUGGACUUUGUCAAAGAGAUGGAUCAGUAUUUUACAGAAAAGGAUAGUGGGAAGCUGAAGAAGUUAAGCAAGAGCAAGUUUUCAGGUCGGGUUCGCCUGCUGGCCAAGAAUCUACAGGAUGAACUCGAGCACCUGAAUCAUAUGUGGGAAAUGUUCAGCUGAAGCAUUGUGUGUUUGUGAGAGAGACAAAUUAUUUAA